AUGGCCGAACAAUUUGUCACCUUCUACUAUCAGACUUUUGAUGGUAACCGCGCCGGCCUCGCGCCCCUCUACCGCGACCAUUCCAUGCUCACAUUUGAGACCUCCGCUGUUCAGGGCGUUGCCGGUAUCAUUGAGAAGCUCACCGUGAGUACCUCUGGUACCUCCCGCAUGGUUAUUGAAUUCCUGUUGCGUUCCGCUGCUCUAGUCUCAGCUGGAGGUCUGCCCUUCCAGAAGGUGCAACACAAGGUCGCUACCCUCGACGCUCAGCCCUCGGGUGAGCACGGCGGCAUCCUGGUUCUGGUUACCGGUGCCCUCCUGGUUGAUGAGGAGCAGAACCCCAUGAACUACACACAGACUUUCCAGCUUAUGCCCGAUGGCGCUGGAAGCUACUUCGUCUUCAACGACGUCUUCCGCUUGAUUUACAACGCUUAG